ACGUUUGGCUCGUGCGUGAGUUGCGAUAGAGACUACAACGUUGAACUUUACACGUGCCACAGAUAUUGGAUCACUAUUUUUCUGUUUCAGUAAUAAAUCUUCUCCUCACUCUCACUGUCUCGCGUUUUGAACAUUUCCCAUAGUUUCGGUGCUGAUAGAGCACAACCGAUUCAGUCACCAUGAACACGCUCCUCCGAUCCACUCUGAGGACUAAGAAUGCUUCAUCUCUAGCAUAUGCUGCUGUUUCCAGAGGUGUUCAGGAAAAUCUUCUUCAGGCUCCCUUGUGGUCUAGAUCAAAUAGCACGGAGUCUUCCUUGAAAAGGGAUGAUUCAGCCAAUGAAGUGAAAAGUGGUCCAGUGUUCAAGGGUCAUAGUAUGCUUGCUCCUUUCACGGCUGGGUGGCAGUCUACUGAUUUGCAUCCUCUGGUUAUAGAAAAGUCAGAGGGAAGCUAUGUGUAUGAUACUAAUGGAAAGAAAUAUCUUGACGCACUUGCUGGUUUAUGGGCCACCGCUUUAGGGGGAAGUGAGUCACGCCUUGUGGAUGCUGCUGUCGCACAAUUAAAGAAGUUGCCAUUUUACCAUUCCUUUUGGAAUCGAACCACCGUACCUUCUCUGGAACUAGCCAAGGAACUCCUAGAAAUAUUCACAGCCAGAAAAAUGGCAAAAGCUUUUUUUGUUAACAGUGGAUCAGAAGCCAAUGACACUCAGGUGAAACUUGUAUGGUAUUAUAACAAUGCGCUUGGAAGGCCAAAUAAGAAGAAGUUCAUAGCUCGUGCUAAAUCGUAUCACGGUUCAACAUUGAUAGCAGCCAGUCUUUCCGGUCUUCCGGCUCUUCAUCAGAAAUUUGAUUUACCAGCACCUUUUGUAUUGCAUACUGACUGUCCACACUACUGGCGGUAUCAUCUUCCAGAUGAGACAGAGGAAGAAUUUUCAACCAGAUUGGCCAACAAUUUAGAGCUGCUGAUUCUGAAAGAGGGGCCAGAGACAAUAGCUGCAUUUAUUGCUGAACCUGUAAUGGGGGCAGGAGGUGUAAUACCUCCCCCAGCAACUUAUUUUGAGAAGGUUCAAGCUGUUGUCAAGAAGUAUGACAUUCUUUUUAUUGCUGAUGAGGUAAUCUGUGCCUUUGGAAGGCUUGGGACAAUGUUUGGAUGUGACAGGUACAACAUUAAGCCGGACCUUGUAUCCCUGGCUAAGGCAUUGUCUUCUGCAUAUUUGCCAAUUGGAGCUGUGCUUGUGAGCCCAGAAGUUUCAGAAGUUAUACACGCACAAAGUAACAAACUUGGUUCAUUUUCUCAUGGGUUUACUUAUUCUGGACACCCCGUAGCCUGUGCUGUUGCAAUUGAAGCUCUCAAAAUCUACAAGGAAAGAAAUAUUGUUGACCAGGUGAACAAGAUCUCCCAAAGGUUCCAAGAUGGCAUAAGAACUUUUUCUGACAGUCCCAUCAUUGGAGAGAUACGAGGAGUUGGCUUGAUUUUGGGCACCGAGUUCACAGACAACAAAUCACCUAAUGAUCCGUUUCCUUCUGAAUGGGGAAUAGGUGCCCAUUUUGGAGCUCAAUGUGAGAAGCAUGGGAUGUUAGUUCGUGUAGCGGGAGAUAGCAUCAUGAUGUCUCCACCAUAUAUUAUUUCUCCUGAAGAAGUUGACACAUUAAUCAGUAUUUAUGGGAAAGCUUUGAAAGAAACGGAAAAGAAGGUGCAAGAGCUCAAGUCUCAGCGCAAGUAGCUUAGCAAGAUGAUGGUAUAAUAAAUUCUGCUGCGCCUACCUACAGUUAUAUGCUUAUAAUAAUGCUCGUUACACGCUUCCACAUUGAACCGAGUAUGGACUCUCAUCUCAUUAAUGAGUUGGAAGCAUCGAUAGUUUAAGAGUAUAAAAUUUAGUAAUAAACCAAACGGCAAUUAGGCCAUGGAAAUUGUACAAAGGGGAGAGAUGUGUGCACGUUUGUUUGUGAAAAGCAAUAGCAACAAAUCGAUA